AUGGUUAAAGGAGAAGGAAAUGAAGGAGAGUUGUCAUAUUAUGGAAUAAUAUUGGAUAUAAUUGAACUUCGUUAUACAGGAGGGAACAAAAAGUUACAUUAUUUAGAUGUGACUGGUAUGAUACUUCUCGGGAAGGAUUAUAUUGAAAAUGACAAGAAAAGGAAAACCACGAAUGAUGAAAAUGUUGAAAUUAAUCUUGACUAUUCAUUGCCAUCAUCUACUCGAGCUUCAAAUGAAAUAUGUUCUUCCUCAGCACCUCCAAAUAAAAGACAUAGAAAAGUUAAUGUGAGAGGAAAGGCUAAAGGUGUCAAGUCAGGAGAAGGAAUUGAAGUUGAGAUAUAUGACAACAGGAUUAUAACACCAAAAGCCAUUAGUGAAAUACAUGUUCUCUUCCAUCAAAAAAUUAACGGUCCAUGGACAUCUUAUUCUGAAUAUCCGAAAUCAGAGCUAGAUACUCUUUUUGCUCGAUAUUUGGCCGUGGGGUUCUCACAUAAUCAACUAGAAGAAGAAGUGAAAAAAGCAUUUGAGAAUUCAGUUAAAUGUCGAUACUCUGAUUGGAUGUUGCGUAUAAGGAAACCAAUUUUUGAGAAGCAUGAAACCCGAGAAGAUCGUUACAAACACCCACCUUCUUUCAUUCCUUCUAAUGUGUGGAAAGAAAUGGUAGACAAAUGGAUGGGAGAUAAUUGGCAGCACAAAAGUGAUAAGAAUAAAAAUUAA